UUCUUCGAAAGCAACGCUCUAAGCAUUUUCACGACCCAAUUAUAGCAGUAGUUCUUCGAUUGCGAUGCCAAUUGGUUUGUUCGAAAACCGCUCAAGGUACACGUUAAGAAAAUGAUCAAACGAUUCGGUAUUCUCGUCCUGGUAAUCGCGAACGUUUCGGUGCUGGCGAAUUUAAUCAAAGAGGCAGCAUCGCUGGACUCCUUCGAAAACGACACUGAUGAGGCUUCGAGUUUGAGUCCCGACUUUGCCAGGAGACUGAAACCGACAGAAGACGCGCUUUUACUUUUCAUAAACAAGCUCGUCAACACUGGCUACAUAUCCUCAAAGAUAACCCUGAGCAGGAUAGAGAAGGCGAGCGACAAGAGACGCGAAAUCGGAGAACAAGUCGCUAGGAUUCUGGAUGAACUGCCGAGCUACAGAGACAAGGUGCCUUUGGUGGACGAAAUUCCUCACGUUCUCAAAUAAAAAGGCAGUCGUUUUUAUGGCAGUUCGCACCACGUUCUACUUAACCGUCGUUUUCAUCGUCGUAUUCGCGAAUCUGGCGAUUUUUUUCAUGUUAUGUUUAUGUUUUUAUUGUUUGAGACGAUUCGUUGUCAUCUAAACGAUCUGAAUAAACUUUUCGCCUCCUA